AUGGAUGAUUAUGCUGCAACCUCUGCCGCCACUUCAUUUCCAAAAGAAUCUAGGACCUACAGUAGUGAUAUAUCACGAGGAUGGAAAAUAGGUUCAUGGUUAUUGUGUCCGAAUGUUGAUGUUGAAAUUUCAAAUGAUGAAAAUAAUUCUUCAUCAUCCUUCGGAACAUAUCAAAAUUCUACUCGGAACCGUGCUGUAAUUUUCUCUCCUACAGCAUUGAGAAUUAUUUCAAUACUUGUAACUCUGAUUUGGUUAUUGAUAUUUGGAUUACUUUUAAUAUUGCUCCUUGUUUGUGGUGUGGACAUUAAUUUUGGAAGUGCAAUUUCAUCAUGUGGAAGAAAUGGACAUUGGUUACGGCCGUUUUUUGUUGCAACUUUUGCUAUCUAUUGGGUGAUCAUGAGCUUGUUGUUUUUUAGUAGAGCUUUUAUGCUUCAUGCCAAAUCGUUUGGUUUGGCAAAUGCUCGCAGCAAAUGUUGGAGAAUGAUUUUUUGUGGAUUAACCAUUCCGAGACGAGGCGUCGAGUUGAAAUCUGUCACUUUUUGGCUUAUUUGGAUUCAAUUAUUGAUUGGACUGAUUAGUAAUAUUCUAUUGUUGUUAAUGGCAAUCUUUCCAGAUCAGAAAGAAACCAAGUCCUUUCAUUUUGUGACUGCAUUUCUUGGAUUGACUCUUUUACUAAUCUAUUCAGCAUGUUCUGUAGUCCUUCACAUUGGUCGAGUCAUUAAGGUCAUGAAAAAACAAUCUCCACCUUUUGAAUUAUUCAGAAAAAUUGAUUCAAAACAGAUUCCUUCGCAACGAACUUGGUUAUGUUUAUCUGUCACUGCUCAUGUCUUUGUCAUUGUGUGGCAAUUGAUUUUUGUUUUGGCUGGAUCGGGAUUUGUUCCUGCCUAUGUAAGCACUGUAAUUCCAGUUUAUGAAUGGCUUGGAGUGAGUUGUAUCUUGCUCGCUCUCUUUCCUCACACUUUUGAUACCAUGAUGACGGAUGUGAGGUCCAGUUCGACCAUGACCACUAGCACGGAACUUUCAAACUCUUCACACCAUACUGAAGAAGAUGAAACCAAUACUUUAAUUCUCAAAUGA